GCGUGGCGGAGCGAGGCAGCCGCCCCCGGGCGCCGGGAUGUAUUACAAGUUCAGCGGCUUCACGCAGAGGCUGGUGGGGGCCGGCGCUUCCGCCGCCUACGCCCCGCAGCGAUUACCUCUGAGCUAGGUUAUGGCAGGAGAGAGUGUGGCUGUCCCAAAGUCACUCGCUAAGCUUCAUGGUUUGCUGGAGAUUUGAGCCAUGAUCUCUCCACAUGCUGUCUGGGGCUGAUGAGAGUUGGAAUGGAUUCAAGCCAGUUGUAUCUACAGAAUCGCCAACUCUAAUAUUUGCAACGCCAACUAAAAUUGCCUCAGAAGGACCGUCCACCAUCGAGUAUCUUGGUAAAAACCGGGUACCGGAGCUGCAGAAGUUUUUUCAGAAACCCGAUGGCUUGCCAGUGCACCUGAAACGGGGCCUUCCUGAUCAGCUUCUUUACCGGACCACGAUGGCACUAACAAUAGGAGGGACCAUCUACUGUCUGGUAGCGCUCUACAUGGCAGCCAACCCAAAAAAGAUGAAAUGAAUGAUCCCUGAUUAAUAGAGACUAAUGACUAUCCACUGGAAGGAAGACUUGCACUUAACCUUCUGCCGUUACACUUCAAUCAUGUGAUUGUAUGUUGCAAAUUCUAGAGAUUUGAUUUGGGGUUUAAGAAAAGUUCAGGAAAUGGUGACCUUCAACGCUUACGAGAAGAAGAGCAAAAUUAAUAUCAGAAGUUGAGAAGAAAGCCAUUAUCUCCUGUGUAGCUUUGCAGAUUAGUCUUCACACCCUUGACUUGAAAAUAAGAGGCGUCAUGCAGCAGGCAUUCCUGAAAGUAGGGCAGGCUAGGUUGACAGUGCAAACUAGAAAUGAAGUUGUUACGUUGAUUGAUGACCUCGUUUUAGGGACAAGGGCAUUUGGAAAUCUUGUUGAAAGUGCAUUUGACUUGCAGAAGAAAAGAUUAUGGACUGAACUACUAGGCUGAUUCAAAAUGGCAACCUGAAAUGAUUUGGCUUGAUAAUUCUCACUGGAAUUUACCAUUUAGGCCCCUUCUCAAAUUAUGUUACGAGCCUGACUGUGAUUUCUGUGGAGUUGUUUCAGCAGGGCUAUGUUGUUUUGAUUAGCUCCUGACAUUUUCUUCUGAUGAUCUGUAAACUUCAUUCCAUUUCUGUGAGCCAUCUCUUGAAAGCGGAGCGUUGCAUUCAAAGACAGUUCUGUGUAGAAACACUUGACUCCACCACGGUUCCACCCUCCCACUCCCCCAUCUCUCUAAAAUAAAAUUCUAUUUGUUUUAACCUUGGAAUAAAUACAGCAGUACAAAUGCCUCACUUCUA